CUCUCCUCCUCCUCCUCCUCCCCGGUGGCCCUGGCUGGCAGCAUGGCGGCGGCGGAGUCCCGGUCGUGCGAGACGUCGGGCUGCACCCGCGAGGCCAAGCUGCAGUGCCCCACCUGCCUCAAGCUGGGCAUCCAGGGCUCCUACUUCUGCUCCCAGGAAUGUUUUAAGGGAAGCUGGGCUACCCACAAGUUGUUACACAAGAAAGCAAAGGAUGAUAAAGCUAAGAAGGAAGUAUCUGCCUGGACUGUAGAUGGUGAUGUAAACACAGAUCCGUGGUCUGGCUAUCGAUAUACUGGCAAACUCAGGCCCUAUUAUCCACUGACGCCAAUGAGACCUGUGCCGAGUUACAUUCAAAGACCGGACUAUGCGGAUCACCCCUUAGGUAUGUCUGAAUCAGAGCAGGCUCUUAAAGGAACUUCCCAGAUAAAGAUUCUUUCCUCAGAGGAUAUAGAAGGGAUGCGAGUAGUGUGUAGGCUUGCUAGAGAAGUACUAGAUGUUGCUGCCAUGAUGGUGAAGCCAGGAGUAACUACUGAAGAAAUAGACCACGCUGUUCAUUUAGCUUGUAUUGCCAGAAAUUGCUAUCCAUCCCCACUGAAUUAUUAUAAUUUUCCUAAGUCUUCCUGUACGUCAGUAAAUGAAGUGAUCUGUCAUGGAAUUCCAGACAGAAGACGCUUACAAGAAGGUGAUAUUGUCAAUGUGGACAUUACUGUUUAUCGGAAUGGCUACCACGGAGAUCUCAAUGAGACAUUUUAUGUUGGAGAGGUUGAUGAGGGUGCAAAGAGACUAGUCCAGACAACAUAUGAGUGCCUAAUGCAAGCAAUUGAUUCAGUAAAGCCUGGUGUGCGGUAUAGAGAGCUGGGAAAUAUUAUACAGAAGCAUGCUCAAGCCAAUGGAUUUUCAGUAGUUCGAAGCUAUUGUGGGCAUGGGAUUCAUAAGCUUUUCCACACAGCUCCCAAUGUGCCUCAUUAUGCCAAAAAUAAGGCUGUUGGGGUGAUGAAGCCUGGUCAUGUGUUUACAAUAGAACCAAUGAUCUGUGAAGGUGGCUGGCAAGAUGAAACCUGGCCGGAUGGUUGGACGGCAGUGACACGAGAUGGGAAGCGGUCCGCCCAGUUUGAACACACGCUUCUGGUCACAGAUACUGGGUGUGAUAUCUUAACCCGGCGGUUGGAUAGCAUUCGCCCUCACUUCAUGACCCAGUGCUAAUGAAGGCCAAACUGGGAGGUCUGAACCAAGCAUCUCUUGACUCUGUACGGUUCAUUUAAGUAAAGUACAGGCUAAAGGGAGAUUUUAUCACCUGUUUUCUUCUUGUUGACUCUAGGUAAGACAGAUGCAACCUUGCAUUAUUUGGCUUGGAAUAGCCUGAUACAGUGGAUUCAAAAUGGAGGUUUUGGAGCAUUUUCCCCGCUCUCCUGUGCCCCAACAGUUUCAAUAUUUUUUCCAAGUCCUUUGUCCUUAUAACACCCUUUUAUUUCCAGCUUUCCUACAGCUGAACUUCAGGUGGUCCUGUCAUUGCCAUAGCUAUCAAAUGGCAAAUACGAGACAACUUGGUCCAGAUGGAUGCAAGGUUUUGGAAAAAGAGCCUUUCUGCUUUUCUAUGCGUCACCUGAGUUUUUAAACUUUUCUUGUUGAGAAAGGCAAGUCCUGCAUAGUGUUGCUGUAAAGGCAGUUUUAAAUGGGCCAGGCUCUCACCUGUUUUCUAAUUCAGAGGUAGAAAUGUGUACCAGAAAGUGUUUGCUUUCAGAUUUCCUCUCUUCCAAUCUGGUUGCUUCUAUUGUAACUGUGUAUGGAAGAAUAAUAACCACUUCUUAACAAGAUGGGGCCAUUUUCCUUUCGGCUGUUAAUUUGGACUGAUGAUUUUGUGCCCGUUGUAAAGAGGGGGAGAUCACUGAGAUUCUGCCUUGUUCAAGCUUUUACCAAAACGCAGCCUCAGUAGGUAGUGCUUGACAGUCAAUUAUGUUCAAGAAGUUCACUUGUAGAAACUCUGCUUUGAAAUUGAAAUUCAGAACAACUUGAAAUAUUUGGAGUUUCUUUUCUCCUGCAGGUAUGUCCUAAUGAAGGGCAUAUUAAGGCAUUCCACUACCAAUACACAGCCAAGUGCUUAGAUCACCACUUCAUUACAAAUCCUUUCAGUCCAAAGAUAAAAGGCACUCUUGAGCCAAUUUUGAGCUUUGUUUCCCCUCUCCAGUUUGUGGUGACUUUGUGCGUAUCAGCAGGGUUAAGUGGCUGCCUAUCAUGAAUACCACUUUAAUGAGAUUUCACCAUGGCACAACAAAUUACAUUGUUGAAUUUGUGGCAUACAACCAUCCAAUAUGUGGCUGUGUACUUAGAUGGCCACUUCAUUACAGAUCCUUUUGAUCCAUAACGACACGAAAUCACAAAGGACUGGAGAAAGUUACACCAGUGUGAGCAUGAGAAUAGUAAAAACAAAAUAAUGCUGCAAGUUUCAAAUUCUUGUCUUAUCAUGGAACUGCUCCCCUUUCUGAAAAAUCCUGUUCCCAUCCCCCCUGUGUGUAAGCGAGAAGAAAACCAUCCAAGCUAACCACCAUGAUUUCUCAUCAGAAACAGAUUGGUUUGAGUAAUGAUAAUUCACUUGAAAGAUGGAAGAAAUUGGCAAUCCUUCCCAAAAGGUCCUUGGACCAGCUGCAGCACACGUAAUAGAGAUACCAUUCAAGACAUACACUUGUCUCAGCAAGUCCAGGUCUGGAAGAUCAUGCUCCUGAUGACAUUGAGGGAAGAUUGGCCAGAUUGAUAUAUUGAAGUUGGGCAGAGUCUAGUGCUGUAGGGGCUGCAAGUGCUUCCCAUUCUCAUCUCAAGAAGUUGACAGCCCCCUAGUUUUUUUUUAAUUUUAGGUUGGGUAGAGAAGUUCACUUCUCUCUUUUCUUUAGUCCUUUUGACCUGUUCUAUCUUGGGCAGGGGGGGAUUUUUUUCCAUUCCAAAGAGGUACUCUGCCUGGGAUGUCCAGGCCUAAAACUUGUUGGAUGGCCCUUGAAAUUUUCCCUUAGACCAGUGGUUCUCAACCUGUGGGUCCCAGGUGUUUUGGCUUACAACUCACAAAAAUCCCAGUUUACCAGCUGUUAGGAUUUCUGGGAGUUGAAGGUGAAAACAUAUGGGGACCACCAUGUUGAGAACCACUGCCUUAGACAAUUUCAUAUUCAAAACAUUACACUUGUGCACUCAAAGGAACCGAGUGGCACAUGGGAUGCAGUUUGCCCGUCGCUAUUUUUUAUGGGAUUGCAUUUAAAAAAAGAUUAUUUUUUUUCAACCUAAUUUUCUAAUCUGGUUCUUCCUCACGUUGGAGGGAAGAACUGGCACACCGAUGAAGACAAGUCAGGUCAUAAAACCCUGGGCUUGAUAACUACUUCUGCUUCGCUCCUGGUAUCUUAUCGGCUACAGAAAAAUUGCAAGGAGCUUCAAGGCUCUCUACUCCCACAAUUCCAGUAACAUAUGACUUCGACAGUUCUUUGGAGCGAUAGGGCAGUUAAACAGAAACAUUGAAAAGAAAAUGUCUCUUUCCCCGAGUGCCUCAGAACUUUUUAAAUUUGUUUUUGCUUUGAGGGUUUCUUUCUUUCUUGGCUGAAACUGUACUGUUGGAUAACAUUUUCAUUCUGUAAUGUGUUUCGAAGCAGUAAAUGGAUCCACAGUGUGACAAACACUUGUGUACAUGGGCAGAAGGUUUUUUUUUU